AUGUCUCCCUCAGCAGACACUCGAGAUGGCCGUAGAUCUACGCGGCACCGCAGUCGGUCACCGGACAGUGGCCGCACUUCAGCUCGCACGCUGCCGAGCGAGUACGGCCAAAAAGACAUCGACCCUAGCGACGACUUUUUCCUGCGAGCAGGCGAGUUCAAGAUCUGGCUAGCCGAAGAGAAGGGACGCUAUCUCGAUACGAUGCAAGGCGACAUGGCGCGCGCUUACUUCAAGCGUUUCGCCAAAGCCUGGAACGCCGGCAAACUUGCUCCUGCCUACUACACCGGCGAGAUCGUCAAGACUGCAUCUGUCGCCAGCACGAGCUCGCACACGUGGGAGUUCAAGGGCAGCUCGGCAUUCGAACUAGCCCAAGCUCGUCAGGCGCGGAAAGAGGUCAGCGGUCCGAACGAACGCGCUAGCCCACCUGCCAGAGUAGCUUUAGGACCAGCGCGUCCGCCGGCACAAGGACGUGCAACUCUGUCAAACGUACAAGACGAGCGGGAACGCCAAAGGGAGCUAGACGAACGCGAACGACAGGCUCAACGCGCCCAGCGGCAUCGCGAACGAAGGGACGAGCGUGAGGAUGAGCGCGCAGAUCGAGCGACGGGCAAAGACCGGUUGCAAGAGAAGCGAGCGGAGAAGCGAGCGAGCAACAGGGAUUUUGCUGCCGCUCGGGAGCACGAUCUUGCAGAAAUACCCGAUAGCGUGCUCAUGGGCGAUGACGCGAGCUCGUUCAAAGCUGCACUGGCCGCAAGAGAACGUUCACAACAGCACGGCCAGUCGAGAAAGCAGGCUUAUCAGCAGGAAAGGGCUGCCAUCAUCUCGGAGAAGGCAGCAGCUUACAAGGCCAAAGAGGAUUCGACGAUGGCAAUGUUCAAAAACCUCGCCCAAGCACGCUUCGGCUGA